AUGGCCAGUUUUAUUCGACGGCCUGGCAAUCUUGCUCGAUCUUCGGGGACAGCGGCGGGGCGCCCUAUAUACCUCCGAUACUUUCUCCCUUCAUCGCGGCAAUCAUAUCUUUUCCCGGCUGUAGCAAAAGCUCGCCAGUCCCGCUCGUAUAUCACCCAGUUCCGGCGAUUUCCAAAUCUUGGCAGGGAGAGCGGGAAACCUCCUCCAUCUGUUAACGAUGAAGAUUCGGGUCAGCCAUUUCCCUCCGGAAAACCGCCUUCCGGAGGAUCAAACGGCAAGGAACCCGAGAAGCCAAAGUACCGGGCAAGUCAGCAAGAGAUCGAAGAGCUUGAUUAUGUGCUGGGAAUGGUGAGGAACAAGCUUCCUGCGUCGCAGAAAAAAUUUGUGGAAGAGAUGGCAGAAGUAUUCAAAGAAGAAGGUGUUCCGGACGAUGUCAAGCAACUUAUCAAACAAGUCAAGGAAUCCAAUCAAUUUACCCUUGCACACGCAACCCAGAUAUUUCGGAUAUGGACUCGACAUGGCCCAGUGGUUGCGGCGAAGAUGGCAGACAGGGAUUCCCGUCAUCAACGCCUAUAUUCCUCCGAGAAAUCCGAGAAAUGGAACGAGAAACAGACUGGACAGGAUGAGAGCAAGUCGAAGGAUGAAACUGGAGGAUCGCAUCAGGAACAAAAGCAGGAGCAAAAACAGCGGGAUCAGAAAAACGGUCCCAAGGGACCGAAUUUUAACGCCAACACACCUUUUGAUUUCAAAUUCAAACUUGACCCGGCUUCCUUUCUGGUCGCUACCUUUCUCUCUUACUACUUGUAUCGGAGCGUUAUUCCCGGCGAGGUCAAUAAGGAUAUUACAUGGCAGGAAUUCAGAAACACGUUUUUGGAUAAAGGCCUCGUGUCCAAAUUGACGGUACGAAACGGCAAGAAGGUGCGGGUUGAGCUUCACCGUGAAGCUGUUGCAAACGUAUAUCCUGAAUCGCCCGCGACACAACCAAAUUUCUACUAUGUCUUCGCAAUCGGAUCCGUUGAGGGAUUUGAAAGGAAAAUUGAUCAGGCUCAGGUGGAGCUCGGUAUACCAACUUCUGAUCGUAUCCCGGUGGAUUAUCAAGAUGAAGUUUCCUGGGGGGGUACGUUACUUAGUUUUGCCCCAACGCUCGUCCUUAUAGGCACCGGAAUCUGGCUUUCGAGACGCGCUACAGGUGGAGGUGGCCAGAGUGGCAUAUUUGGCAUGGGAAAAAGCAGGGCGAAGAGAUUCAAUCACGAGACUGAUGUCAAGACAAAGUUCUCUGACGUGGCCGGUAUGGACGAGGCCAAAGUUGAAAUUAUGGAAUUCGUUAGCUUUCUGAAGAAACCUGAACAGUUCCAACGACUUGGUGCGAAGAUCCCCAGAGGUGCCAUCCUUUCCGGGCCACCCGGUACUGGUAAGACACUACUGGCAAAAGCUACCGCUGGCGAGUCUGGUGUCCCAUUUUACAGCGUGAGCGGUUCUGAAUUCGUCGAAAUGUUUGUCGGCGUUGGGCCUUCGCGAGUUCGUGAUCUAUUUGCAACGGCGCGGAAAAACACUCCUUGUAUUAUAUUCAUUGAUGAGAUUGAUGCGAUUGGAAAGUCGAGAUCCAAAAAUGCCUACGGCGGUGGUAAUGACGAACGGGAAAGCACACUGAAUCAGAUUCUCACUGAAAUGGAUGGUUUCAAUACUUCCGACCAAGUUGUCGUAUUGGCCGGAACUAAUCGAGUCGAUAUCCUUGAUAAGGCACUGUUACGACCUGGCCGAUUUGACAGGCAUAUCGCCAUUGAUAGGCCAACAAUGGAUGGCCGUAAACAGAUUUUCCGCGUUCACUUAAAGAAGAUUGUCACUAAAGUUGAUUUGGACUACUUGACUGGUAGAUUGGCUGCCUUGACACCUGGUUUCUCUGGAGCAGAUAUUGCCAACUGUGUCAACGAGGCUGCACUAGUUGCCGCCCGCUACCGUGCCGAUGAGGUAACCAUGGCCCAUUUCGAGCAAGCGAUUGAGCGUGUUAUUGGUGGUCUAGAAAAGAAAUCGUUGGUUCUAUCUCCUGAGGAAAAGAAAACAGUGGCGUAUCACGAGGCUGGCCAUGCUAUAUGUGGCUGGUACUUCAAGUAUGCUGAUCCAUUACUGAAAGUAUCCAUAAUUCCCCGUGGCCAAGGUGCCCUAGGCUAUGCCCAGUACCUACCGGCCCAGGGUGAUACCUACUUGAUGAAUUUCAACCAGCUCAUGGAUCGAAUGGCGAUGACCCUUGGUGGCCGUGUUAGCGAGGAGCUUCAUUUCGACACUGUGACGAGUGGUGCAAGUGAUGACUUCAACAAAGUCACCCGCAUGGCCAGCGCCAUGGUCACAAAAUUCGGGAUGUCUCAAAAAAUUGGCUAUUUGUACUAUGAUGAAGAACAACAACAAUUUCAAAAACCCUUCUCAGAAGACACUGCGCGGGACAUCGACAUGGAAGUUCGACGGAUUGUCAAUGAAGCUUACGACAAGUGCCGUAAACUCCUAACGGAGAAGAAAGCCGAAAUCGGCAUUGUAGCUGAGGAGCUUCUGAGCAAGGAAGUACUUAGCCGUGAUGAUUUGGUCCGUCUGCUUGGCCCACGGCCAUUCCCUGAAUCUGGCGAAUUUGCAAAGUAUUUCGACGGUGGGCACGGCAGAGGGACGAUAGCACCACCUCCUCCACCGACAGAGGCUCUCGCGGAAAAACCAGAGACAAGUCGAUUAGAGGAGAACGAAGGUCCCGCACCGUCGCAUUCAGCAUAA